GGGGUCGUUCGUGCCAGCAUGAAGGACCACAGCUCCAAAGUUCUUCCUCAGGGCCACGGACACGUGUGCAGCGACAUCAAGAACACGAGCACCAGGUAAACAGCAAGUGUGCGCCUUACCUUGAAAUCAGUUGUGAACAGUUCUCAGAGGCUCCUUAGUGAUCCCAUCCCAAGUCAGAUCCCAUUCUAAACAUUCGACUGGAGUAACUGGAAAUGUACUCGACUCUUUUACUAAAUUCUAUAACUGCCUAGAUAAGCUAUUGUUGAGUCUGUGUAUGAUUUCUAACCUCUAAACUCUUAGCAGGUUACUGAACAAAGGCUGUAGGACAGGAAGUCAGCUUUGUGGUAGAGCAGGUUGUGGGGACACCAGAGACAGACAAGGCUUGUAUUUUUACCCAUGUGUGUAGAGUGUGUGUGAGAAAUGUCUGAGCUCCUGUUUACUCCACAGCUGCUGUUUGGUCUCAUCAGUCUGAGUCUCCUUCAGAUCAUUUCAGCUGAUCUCAUAUCUGUUGAUCCUGGAGAGAACAUCACUCUGCUCUGUAACAUCACUCAGUAUUCACAGAUCUCGUGGUAUCAGAUGAACUCAGCAGGCAUGAGGGAGAUUAUAUCGGCCAGACAAAGGAAAAUAGGCAAACGCUUUUAUAUUGAAUAUAAUGUAGACGAGAGUCACUUUGAUGUAACAGAAAGUAACAGGUUAGUCAGUUUAGUGAUUAUUGGAGUUAGAGAGACGGAUCUGGGGUUUUAUUACUGUGGAGGUAAAAAUGAUGCAACACACACUCAGUUUGGGAAACAAAUCAGACUCAUCCUUACCCCAGACGGUAACACACCUGAGCCUCCUGAUCAUGAGGAGCCUGCAGGUCCUGGAUUCCUCUGGAUUAUAAUCCUGCUGUGUGUGUGUUCAGUCUCUGUUCUUAUUAACAUCAUCUGCAUGUGUGUGUUCUGUUCCAGGAACCCAGACGUGUGUGUUAUCAGCAGUGACUCGGAUGAGAAGGACGUCUCCCUGCAACACACUGCUGAUUGGACCUGUGUGACCUUCACACAAGUCUCCUGAUGGCUAUUUAAAUAUUUAACAUCACAAAUAAUCACCAUCAGCAGAGAAGCUGUGAUCUGAUCUACACCUGAGCACAACAUUAGUACACUGACUUUCAAUGAGCUUCAUUAAGUUGAUGGAUAUUUGGGAUUUAAUUUGAACGUUGUGGUCAGUUUCUGUUCAAAACCAUUUUAUUAAUGCUAUUAAAAUUGUCUGUUUUCAAGUAGAUUAGAUGAUAUUUUAUCAUAUAUUGUAUAGAACUUUUACUUACAGUCAUUGUCAA